GCGGGGAGGACGGCGGCGGCGCAGCGACUUUUGAAGUCCAAACUGUCGUCGGGGCCGGAGCCGCGCGCUGCCUCUGGGCGCCCGCUUCGCCUCCUGCGUCCUGCCAGGCUGCCCGGGUCCUAGCGGACCUUGGGUCGCUUUCAGGAGUUUAGAGAACGCCAGGUCUUCACGUUCUUGUGAGUUCGAGAUCUUAACGAACUGCAGAACGCAACAAAGGGAACGAGAAGCCGGGCGCCCUCGCAGCCGGAGCCUGGCGGCGGCGCGCGAACCCUCCCCGCCAGUGGGGCCCAGACGCACCGGGACACCCCCGCCCCUCCAGGCACCCACUGAGUCUCUCUCCCCCUCCCUUGUCCUAGCCAUGGAAGGGCUGGAGGAGGCGGAGGCCGACUGCUCCGUGGCGUUCGCCGAGGCUCAGAGAUGGGUGGAGGCAGUAACAGAGAAGAAUUUUGAAACAAAAGAUUUUCGAGCCUCUCUAGAAAACGGUGUUCUGCUGUGUGAUUUGAUUAAUAAGCUUAAACCUGGCAUCAUUAAGAAGAUCAAUAGACUGUCUACACCAAUAGCAGGACUGGAUAAUAUAAACGUUUUCUUGAAAGCUUGUGAACAGAUUGGAUUGAAAGAAGCCCAGCUUUUCCAUCCUGGAGAUCUACAGGAUUUAUCAAAUCGAGUCACUGUCAAGCAAGAAGAGACUGAUAGGAGAGUAAAAAAUGUUUUGAUAACAUUGUACUGGCUGGGAAGAAAAGCACAAAGUGACCCCUACUAUAAUGGUCCCCAUCUUAAUUUGAAAGCAUUUGAGAAUCUUUUAGGACAAGCCUUGACAAAGGCACUCGAAGACUCCAGCUUCCUAAAAAGAAGUGGCAGGGACAGUGGCUACGGUGACAUCUGGUGUCCUGAACGUGGAGAAUUUCUUGCUCCUCCAAGGCACCAUAAGAGAGAAGAUUCCUUUGAAAGCUUGGACUCUUUGGGUUCUAGGUCAUUGACAAGCUGCUCCUCUGAUAUCACGUUGAGAGGGGGACGUGAAGGUUUUGAAAGUGACACAGAUUCUGAAUUUACAUUCAAGAUGCAGGAUUAUAAUAAAGAUGAUAUGUCUUAUCGAAGGAUUUCGGCUGUUGAGCCAAAGACGGCGUUACCUUUCAAUCGCUUUUUACCCAACAAAAGUAGACAGCCAUCCUAUGUACCAGCACCUCUGAGGAAGAAGAAGCCGGACAAACAUGAGGAUAACAGGAGAAGCUGGGCAAGCCCAGUUUAUACAGAAGCAGAUGGAACAUUUUCAAGUAAUCAGAGGAGGACUUGGGGCACCAGUGUGGAGAACUGGCCAACUGUACACGGAACUUCAAAGUCCUCUUGUUACUUGGAAGAGGAAAAAGCAAAGACAAGGAGCAUACCCAACAUUGUAAAGGAUGAUCUUUAUGUGCGCAAGCUAAGUCCAGUCAUGCCAAACCCAGGGAAUGCUUUUGAUCAGUUUCUUCCCAAAUGUUGGACCCCUGAAGAUGUGAACUGGAAAAGAAUAAAAAGGGAAACUUAUAAGCCAUGGUAUAAGGAAUUUCAGGGAUUCAGUCAGUUUUUACUGCUUCAGGCCCUCCAAACAUACUCUGAUGACAUCUUGUCUUCUGAAACACAUACCAAAAUUGAUCCCACUUCUGGCCCAAGGCUCAUAACCCGCAGGAAGAAUCUCUCUUAUGAACCAGGCUAUAGGAGAGAUGACUUCGAGAUGGCAGCCCUGGUUCCUGACUUAGAGAAUGAUGAUUUCUUUGUCAGAAAGACUGGGGCUUUCCAUGCAAAUCCAUAUGUUCUCCGAGCUUUUGAAGACUUUAGAAGGUUCUCUGAGCAAGAUGAUUCUGUAGAACGAGAUAUAAUUUUACAGUGCAGAGAAGGUGAACUUGUUCUUCCGGAUUUGGAAAAAGAUGAUAUGAUUGUUCGCCGAAUUCCAGCGCAGAAGAAAGAAGUGCCGCUGUCUGGGGCCCCAGACAGAUAUCACCCAGUCCCUUUCCCUGAACCGUGGACUCUUCCUCCAGAAAUGCAAGCAAAAUUUCUCUGUGUACUUGAAAGGACAUGCCCAUCCAAAGAAAAAAGUAAUAGUUGUAGAAUAUUAGUUCCCUCCUAUCGGCGGAAGAAAGAUGACAUGCUGACGCGUAAGAUUCAGUCGUGGAAACUGGGAACCACGGUAUCUCCCAUCAGUUUCACCCCUGGCCCCUGCAGUGAGGCUGAUAUGCAGAGAUGGGAGGCCAUCCGGGAGGCCAGCAGACUUAGGCACAAGAAAAGGCUGAUGGUGGAGAGACUCUUUCAAAAGAUUUAUGGUGAGAAUGGGAGUAAGUCCAUGAGUGAUGUCAGCGCAGAGGAUGUUCAAAACUUGCGUCAGCUUCGUUACGAGGAGAUGCAGAAAUUAAAAUCACAAUUAAAAGAACAAGAUCAGAAAUGGCAGGAUGACCUUGCAAAAUGGAAAGAUCGUCGAAAAAGUUACACUUCAGAUCUGCAGAAGAAAAAAGAAGAGAGGGAAGAAAUUGAAAAGCAGGCACUUGAGAAGUCUGAGAGAAGCUCUAAGACGUUUAAGGAAAUGCUCCAGGACAGGGAAUCCCAAAAUCAAAAGUCUACAGUUUCAUCGAGGAGGAGAAUGUAUUCUUUUGAUGAUGUGCUGGAUGAGGAAGAGCGACCCCCCACACUGACGAUGUCAGAAGCAAGUUACCAAAGUGAGAUAGUAGAAGAGAAGGGAACAACUUAUCCUUCAGAAAUUCCUAAAGAAGAUACUGCCAUUUUUGCAAAAAGAGGGGACAGUGUAACUACUGACAUUCAGCUUCCUUCUCAAAGUCCCAUGGAGGAACAAUGUCCAGCCUCUUUGUCUUCUCUGCGUUCACUGAGCACACAAAUGGAGUUGACUCGUGUUUCAGCUUCUCUCCCCAGAAUUUACCAGAAAACUGAUCCAGCCAGGUUAACAUCUGUGGUCACACCAAGACCUUUUGGCUCUCAGACAAGGGGAAUCUCAUCACUCCCCAGAUCUUACACGAUGGAUGAUGCUUGGAAGUAUAAUGGAGAUGUCGAAGACAUUAAGAGAACUCAAAACAGUGUGGUCAGCACCCCUGCACCAAACCUGGACGCAAGCCAACUGGCUUCAAGCUCAUCUAGCCGGAAAGAGGUAGCUGCAACAGAAGAAGAUGUGACGAGGCUGCCCUCUCCCACAUCCCCCUUCUCAUCUCUUUCCCAAGACCAGGCUGCCACUUCUAAAGCCACAUUGUCUUCCACCUCUGGCCUUGAUUUAAUGUCUGAAUCUGGAGAAGGGGAAAACUCCCCCCAAAGGGAAGUCUCAACAACCCAGGAUCAGUUCAGUGAUAUGAGAAUCAGCAUAAACCAGACGCCUGGGAAGAGUCUUGACUUUGGGUUUACAAUAAAAUGGGAUAUUCCUGGGCUCUUCAUAGCAUCAGUUGAAGCAGGUAGCCCAGCAGAAUUUUCUCAGCUACAGGUAGAUGAUGAAAUUAUUGCUAUUAACAACAUCAAGUUUCCGUAUAAGGAUACAAAAAAGUGGGAGGAAACCAUGGCUAAAGCUCAAGAAACUGGAAACCUAGUGAUGGAUGUGAGGCGCUAUGGAAAGGCUGGUUCACCUGAAACAAAGUGGAUUGAUGCAACUUCUGGAAUUUACAACUCAGAAAAAUCUUCAAAUCUGUCUGUAACAACUGAUUUCUCCGAAAGCCUUCAGAGUUCUAAUAUUGAAUCCAAAGAAAUCAAUGGAAUUCAUGAUGAAAGUGAUGCUUUUGAAUCAAAAGCAUCUGAAUCCAUUUCUUUGAAAAACUUAAAAAGGCGAUCACAAUUUUUUGAACAAGGAAGUUCCGAUUCUGUGGUUCCUGAUCUUCCAGUUCCAACCGUCAGUGCCCCGAGCCGCUGGGUGUGGGAUCAAGAGGAGGAGCGGAAGCGGCAGGAGAGGUGGCAGAAGGAACAGGACCGCCUACUGCAGGAAAAAUAUCAACGUGAGCAGGAGAAACUGAGGGAAGAGUGGCAAAGGGCCAAACAGGAGGCGGAGAGAGAGAAUUCCAAGUACUUGGAUGAGGAACUGAUGGUCCUAAACUCAAACAGCAUGUCUCUGACCACACGGGAGCCCUUUCUUGCCACCUGGGAAACCACCUGGAGUGAAGGGUCCAAGUCUUCAGACAGGGAAGGAACCCGAGCAGGAGAAGAGGAGAGGAGACAGCCACAAGAGGAAGUUGUUCAUGAGGACCAAGAAAAGAAGCCACAGGAUCAACUUAUUCUUGAGGGAGAGAGGAAACGGGAGCAGCAGCUUCAGGAAGAGCAGGAGCGGAAGCAGCGGCUUCAGGAAGAGCAGGAGCGGAAGCAGCGGCUUCAGGAAGAGCAGGAGCGGAAGCAGCGGCUUCAGGAAGAGCAGGAGCGGAAGCGGCUUCAGGAAGAGCAGGAGCGGAAGCGGCUUCAGGCUGAGGCUGAGGAGCAGAAGCACCCUGCGGAGGAGCAGAAGCACCAGGCAGAGAGAGAGCGGGAAACAUCAGUCAGAAUAUACCAGUACAGGAGGCCCGUUGAUUCCUAUGACAUACUGAAGAGAGAAGAAGAAUCUUCAGGUUUUCUUCCUGGUGACAGGGAUAAAUCCAGAUCUACUACUGGACUGGAUAAUUACUCCACAAAUGAAAAUGGAAGCAAUAAAUAUUUAGAACGAAUUGGGAACACAACGACCUCACAGAGGAGUUCCAAGAAAGAGCAAGUACCGUCAGAAGCAGAGUUGGAGAGGCAACAAAUCCUUCAGGAAAUGAGGAAGCGAACACCCCUUCACAAUGACAACAGCUGGAUCCGACAACGCAGUGCUAGUGUCAACAAAGAUCCUAUUUGUGUUCCUGGGGUCAUGAGAAGAGGCGAAUCUUUAGGUAACCUGGACUCCCCCAGAUCCAAUUCUUGGAGACAGCCCCCUUGGCUCAAUCAGCCCACAGGAUUCUAUGCUUCUUCCUCCGUGCAAGACUUUAGUCGCCUACCGCCUCAGCUGGUGUCCACAUCAAAUCGUGCCUACAUGCGGAACCCCUCCUCCAGCGUGCCCCCGCCUUCAGCCAGCCCUGUGAAGACCUCCACCACAGGUGUGGCCGCCACACAGUCCCCCACCCUGAGAAGUCACUCCCCUUCAGCAUCACAGGCAGGCUCUCAGCUGCGCAACAGGUCAGUCAGUGGGAAGCGCAUAUGCUCCUACUGCAAUAACAUUCUGGGCAAAGGAGCCGCCAUGAUCAUCGAGUCCCUGGGUCUUUGUUAUCAUUUGCAUUGUUUUAAGUGUGUUGCCUGUCAGUGUGACCUCGGAGGCUCUUCCUCAGGAGCCGAAGUUAGAAUCAGAAACCACCAACUGUACUGCAAUGACUGCUAUCUCAGAUUCAAAUCUGGACGGCCAACCGCCAUGUGAUGUAAGCCUCCAUACGAAAGCACUGUUGCAGAUAGAAGAAGAGGUGGUUGCUGCUGACGUAGAUCUAUAAAUAUGUGUUGUAUGUCUUUUUUGCUUUUUUUUAAAAAAAAAUAACUUUUUUUUUGCCUCUUUAGAUUACAUAGAAAUGUUGUAGUCUUGGUAGAACUUGUAGUUUUGUUGUUUAUUUAUAAGGUAAUUAUGUGUGGGGAAAAGUGCAGUAUUGUUGAAUUCAGCAUCUUAAAAGCACAAGGAGAAAAAAUAAGAACUUAAGAAUAUUUUUGAGGCAGAUAAUGAUCUAGUUUGACUUUCUAGUUAAUGGUGUUUUGAAGAGGAUAUUUUAUUGUUUUUUUUUAAAAAGGUUCUUAAACAUUAUUUGAAAUAGUUAAUAUAAAUAUGUCAUUGCAUUUGCUCUGUUUAUUAUAAUGUAUUCUAAAUUAAUGCAGAACCAUAUGGAAAAUUUCGGUAAAAUCUAUCCCCAAAUGUGCUUUCUGUAUCCUUCCUUCUACCUAUGUAUUCUGAUUUUUAAAAAUUUAGCUAAUGUACCAUUUAUUUGCUUGAUGAGGGAGCUCUAUUUUCUUUACCAGAAAUGUUGCUAAGUAAUUCCCGAUAGAAAGCUGCUUAUUUUCAUUAAUGAAAAAUAACCAUGGUUUGUAUACUAGAAGUCUUCUCCAGAAACUGGUGAGCCUUUCUGUUCAACUGCAUUUGUAAAUAAACUUGCUGAUGCAUUUAA